GAUGGAUCUAUGGAAAAAAAAGAAUCAGAUUGGCAUUUGAAAAAGUAGAAGCAUUAGCAAAGAUUCAUCGAUACUAUACAACACAUGCGAAAGAAGAAAUUUCUUAUAUUAAUCGUGAACUUACUUUAGAAGAUGUAUCAGAUUCUGAGCAUGUAGCUGAAGAAGAACCAAAUUAUAAUUAUGAUGUAGAUAAUUUGGUUGAUGAA